ACAAACGAACCGAAUUGGCUCCGACUGAUUUGAGGUAGAAAAACACAAGAGAUAGUGUCCCUGACUCUUGAGCCAAUAGUUAGAGGGCCUAUUUUUCUUAAGCCUCAUGUGUGACUGCAGUAGACGAAUGUUACAUUGAUAGUUUCAAUAGCUUCUUCUGAUGGGUCUCUUUGACUAUUGUUGUUUGUCUUUGUCCCUUAAGACUCAAGUAUUUAAUUACCGAAGGCCAAAACUUCUCAUCUACACCCCUCUGUACUGCGCCUCUCGCACUUUCUAGUUUGACUUCAACGUCAACAGUAAUUUAAUCUGUCCUAAAAGAGAAAAAGCUUCCGCGUACAAUAUUACGGUGGUGCGGAGGACAGUUUUUACUACUAUUCAGAUACAAAGCUAGAUAUUCAAUCCUGAUAUUUUGCUUUCCUUGGUGAGGCAAUUGUCGCCCAAACAAAAAUUUACAGAAAAAAGUUUCACAAAUAAAUAAAUUUCAUUCGGUCAGUUGAUUGCGUGCUACGAACACAUCAACCAUCUACUUGCGUUUCCUGACGUCUUUUUGUAGCGUUUUACCGGUUUUGCUUUGGCGGUAUUGAUCCCAUGUUUUUUAUGAGAUUUUUAAUUGACACUUUUUAGCUGAACAAGUCUCCAACUGUUGCUUUAUUGGUUUUUCGAAAUUGAAAUCAAAACCAUGUAUCACGAAAACUUGAGAAGUAUUGCCUCGCGGUGGAAGGACCAAUUAGACAUACUCAAGCAAAGAAUAGAAAAUGAAAACGAGAAAUCAAAAUUUUAUCAAGAACAAAAAAGUCUCUGCGAGUCAGCUGUAAAGCGUAUUCGAGCAGCAUGCGAGGAGAAAAAGAAAAGAUGCUAUGAGAACCAAAUAACUAUGAAGUCGUUGGAAGAUUCAAAGAUUGCUGCUUUGAAUGCUAUAUCGUACCAUGAGCGUCAGUUGCAGAUGCAGGAGAAGUUAAAUAAAGAUUCAGAAGUCCACAAUCAGAACGAAAGUGACGAUUUCGAGAAAGCUAGGAACUUGCUUUACAGCAGAAUGGCUACGAUGCAGCUCGAAUCAUACAAAGCGACAAAAAUUAACAGGAUUCGAGAGCUGCGUCAAGAAGAAGCGCGUGUGGCGAAUCAUUGUGCAAUGAAUCGACUGAAGCUUCGGAAUCUUCAUCCGCCGGAAAAAUCCGAGCUGAGAAGUACAGAUUUGCUGGAAAAGUUUUUCCAAGAGAGCCCUCAAUACUUCGGAAAGCUUAUUAAAGAGAAGAAAAAUCAUGAGUGUCAUAGCUCGAGUGGCGGUCAUUUUUCCGAGGAAGAAAACGAAUACUUAAUUGAUCAAGUAAGUUUGCAGCAGUCAUCUUCAAAGAGACAAACUGAAACCUGGUCCUUCGUAGAAUCGAAGCGACUCAAGUUAGAUGAAUCGGCAGAAAUAGCUCAAGUCAAGAGGCCUCGCCCAGAAGUUGGACUAAGGAGCACGGUUAGCUCCUACUUUGAGGACAAAGUUCCAGCGAAGAAAGUGGCGAAAGUAACGGGUGUAGUGCAGCCAAUACAAAGUGUGAAGCCAAUGAUGUUUGAAUGUCCGCUUUUUAAAGAGGAUGGAAAACUGGAGUUCAGUUUCGAUUGAAUGUUGUCUGUGCUUCUGCACGAGACCUUCCUGUCCCGUUUUCAUGGGUUCAAGCAACCAAUAAUUUCUGUUUUCAGUAAAUAUUUUCUGUUUACAUGAUUGCAACUGUUUCUCAAUCAACAAGUUUCCAGUGUAGUUUAUGUUUUGUCCGACUACCAAAGAU